UUCUUAUCAAUCAAACCCUGUCGGCAUACAAGAGAAACAUACAACAGCCUUACAUUACACCCAAAUGGCUCCAAGUUUUGAUAAUGGCAGCUCACUCUUCAACUUUGUUGUCCGAGAUGGAAAUGGCGUCAAAGGAAUGGUGGACUCGGGCAUAUCAAAGGUGCCCGAGGCUUACAUUCAACCACCGGUAGAGCAGAUUGAUAAGAAAAAUGCAAGCAAAUGUGAGAUGCCACCGAUUGAUUUGUCGAGGCUUGUUGGACCUGACCAUGAUAAAGUUGCCAAGGAAAUUGUUAGAGCAGCUGAGACUCUUGGCUUCUUCCAAGUUGUCAACCAUGGAGUGCCUGUUGAUCUACUAGAGUCACUUAAGGAUACUGCACAUAACUUCUUCGGCCUGCCCGCUGAAAGAAAGGCUGUUUAUCGUACAGAAUCUAGUCCAACUCCAUUAGUGAAGUAUGGUACAAGUUUUGUUCCUGCGAAAGAGAAAGCAUUGGAAUGGAAAGACUAUAUCAGCAUGGUAUACACCAAUGAUGCCGAAGUUCUUCAACAUUGGCCUAUAGAGUGCAGGGAAGUGGCACUUGAGUAUUUGAAGACAUCGCUUGACAUGGUGAAGAAAUUGCUUGAAGUUUUGAUGGAAAACCUUGGAGUCAAACUAGAUGACUCAAAGAUUGAUUCACUUAUUGGCAACAAGACCGUCAAUAUGAACUACUAUCCAACAUGUCCUAAUCCAGAGCUCACAGUUGGUGUAGGGCGUCACUCUGAUAUGGGCACCCUCACCGUCUUGUUACAAGAUGGGAUUGGAGGUUUGUAUGUUAAAGUUCCAGACGAUGCAGAUAUUGAUAAAAAAGGAGAAUGGGUAGAGAUCCCUCCUGUUCCCGGUGCUUUGGUCAUCAAUGUCGGCGAUAUGUUGCAGAUAUUAAGCAAUGGAAAGUACAAAAGUGCAGAGCAUAGAGUUCGCACGACAAGCACAAAAUCAAGGGUGUCAAUACCAAUAUUUACAAUUCCAAAACCAACGGAGAAGAUUGCACCCCUACCUCAAUUGGUAGAGAAAGAUGGAAUUGCUCGUUAUAAAGAGUUUGUUCUUGCAGAUUAUAUGAACAACUUUUUCGGAAAUCCACAUGAUGGCAAAAAGUCCCUUGAUUUUGCAAGGAUUUAAUUCUACUUGAUGGAGAAUAAUUUAUAUGCCUAAAUGUAAUUUUGAUUUUAGUUUAUCUUUUGCUGGUUCUUAAAAUAUUUCACUCAUGUUGCAUUUUGAAAUAAAAGAAAAUUAAUGUACACACUCCCA